AUGGUAGACAAAUAUAUUGCUACUGUAGAAAAUAUGCCAAUCGGUGACACAGAGGUCCCUCAGUGUGUGAUAUGUUACAAGACUCUGAGCAAUGAUGGAAUGCGGCCCUCAUGCUUGGAACGCCACUUGAGAACAACACAUCCUGCUCUAGCUGACAAGCCCAAGGCAUUCUUUGAAACAAAAAGACACUCCUUGAAGCAAGUUAAGUUGGACGGCAGUGGGGCAUUUCGGCAACAAACUUCAAAGGUUGUUGAGGCUUCCUAUGAGAUCGCCAUGUUGAUUGCAAAGAGCAAGAAGAGCCAUAACAUCGGAGAGUUUCUCAUAAGACCAAGCAAACUCCGUGCAGCAGAACUCGUUCUGGGGAAAGAUAGUGCAAACAAGCUUUCCCAAAUUUCACUAUCAAACGAUACAGUCAAGGGAAGGAUCGAUGAAUUGUCUCAAGACACCAAAGAUCAAAUUCUCGACCAA